CUCUCUCAGGAGAAGGAAGAAGAUUUCUCCUGCACGUCAGCUCAAACCAAAGCUUUAUUAUUAAUAAUUAUUAAUAAUAAUAAUAAUAUUAUUAUAUCCUAGUACUUCUUACACCCAACGGCUAUCAGAAUGACAAAGGCAAAGAAUAUUAAAAAGGAAAAGAUUAGUGUUGCGACUGAGAUUGACCAUAUUGAGGAGCAGCGAUUGAAGUGUCAGGAUGGUCUGGAGAGGGCAGAAUUCAGACGUCGGCGCGAGCAACUGUCGGACGAAGACAAACAGGCCCUCGAGGAUGAAAUGGCGAUCAUGAACGAGAGGAUACAGAAAUAUGAGAAGGAGCUUGCCGAUUUGCGAGGAGAGAACAGGAGGAACAUGGUGCUCUCUGUAGCACUGUUCGCCAUCAGCGCUCUUUUCUAUUAUGCCUUUGUUUACUGAGGACACGUGCAGCCACGCCGCUGCCUUGACCUGUCGUCCAUCUUCGGUUUUUAGGAGGCUGAUAGUGAAAUGCAUCUUCAUAAGCGCAAGCCUGUCUGCUGGGGGCUUAAUCCUGGAUAUCACGUUCACAAAUAUAUAUCUAUAUAUAAAACACACUUCUAAAAUCUCAUAGAGUUGAGUUUAAGCAUUGACCCCUUGGGUUCUGGGUGAAUAAAAUGUACCACUAUUUUACUGAAUUACGUGUCAAAUAUAUACAAAGACAAAAACAUAAACGGAUAAGAUUUCUGAAAAUCCAAAACGAGAAGAAGGAGACCUGGGGAAAAAAAAAAGUCAUUAGAGAUAAGCGAACUAAAAUUCCACAUCUGUAUCACAUCCAGAAAUCAUUUUUAAUUGUAUCACUAGUCUAAUACCCGUGAUCUUCGGCAUGAGUGCGGGAGGGCUGAGACAAAAUGGCGUAAAGAUAAAUGAUAAGUUUCCUGUGAGAUUUUGAGAGACUGUUUGAUUCUUGGUUCUUCAUCCUGUUGCCCUUACCUCCAUCUCCAUCUUCGGUGGACACGUGAACAGCUUUUAAAAUUCUUCACGAGUAAGAUUGCUGGAAUACGCUCACGGAUCAUAUCUGUUAGUAAUGAUCCUGUUACCUGCUGUCUCAACUCAAACCCACAAUCGCACAUACGAAGCCUACUGGUUCUUCGUGCGAUGUUAUUCCAUCCGCUUUGUUCAAGGAGGUGGUGGAUUCAAUUGGUUAUCGAUUGUCAGCAGUAGCCUGUCCAUUGGCAUUGUUCCCAGCCGCUUCAAACAUGCCAUCAUUCAGCCUCUUCUUAAGAAAGCAAAGCUCGGUUCGUCUGAUACGAACCACUUUCGUCCGAUAUCAAAAGUAUCUUUUAUUUCAACAGAAGACUUGUGCUUACACAACUAAAGGAUUUUUUUUUUUAGCUAGCAACAACAUAUCCGAUCAAUUUCACUCAGCUUUCAGAGCCGGUCGAAGCACUGAGUCGGGUCCGUUGAGGGUUUUAGAUGAUAUCUUUUUAGGUGAGGAUUCUGGUAGUCCUGUUGCUCUUCUGAUCUGCUGCUUGAUCUUGGUGCCGCUUUCGAUACAGUCGAUCAUGACAUUCUCAUCGAUCGCAUAAGAGACCAGAUUGGUAUUCAGGGCUUAGCCUUGGAUUGGGUCUCCUCAUAUCUUAAGAGUAGAACCAUUUCGGUUUGUUUACAGAACUGUUGUUCAUCGGUUGUUCCAUUAACGUGUGGGGUUCCUCAGGGCUCCAUCUUGGGACCUGUUUAGUUUUUCCCUUUACAUGCUUCCAUCAGGAAAGAUCUUUGAUCAGCAUGGCAUACACUACCGUCUGUACACUGAUGAUUCUCAACUUUACUUUCCUGUUAAACAUGGGAAACGCACGGCCGAUGUGACAUGUGGUUUGGCAAACAACUUUAUCCAAUGAAACAAGGAUAAAGUCAGAGUUGAUUCUUUUUGGUCCAAGGAGAUGUGGGCUGGAUUUAAACGACAAGUUGCCAUUGCUUCCAGGGGGAAAAAACUCUGGGAGUUAUUUUUGACACUGAGCUCAGGAUUGAUUGCCAAAUCAAUGCUGCUGUUAAAAAUAUCUACAGCAAAGUUGAAGUCCAUCCUCUCUUUUGAUGAUUUGGAGAAGGCUGUGCAUGAUUUUGUCUCUUCUUGGUUUGGACUCCUGUAACGCUUUCUAUCUAUUACCCCAGGAUUGAUUUCUUUACAUUGGCUGCCGAUUCCAUACAGAAUCCAGUAUAACAUGUUGCUAUAUAUAUAUAUUUAAGGCUCUUCAUGGUCUAGCACCAGAGUAUGUCUCAGACUUAAUAAGUCUGAACCCUAAAAGGUCUCUUCGUCUCUUCGCUCAACUGUGUCUGUUGGUUCCUCGAGCUCGCCUUAAAUCUCAAGGUGAUAGAGCUUUUGCUUUGGCAGCACCUAGAAUUUGGAACGAGCUUCCGUUGGCCAUAAAAUCAUCUCCGUCGCUAGUGUGUCUUCAGGGGGGCCUUAAAAACGUAUUUAUUUCCUCUAGCUUUUAAUUAACGCAUUAUAAACUGUACCGUGUCAAUUUCUUUUCUCUUGCCUUUGUUUUAAAUGCUUGUUGUAUUCUUGGCUGUAUGUACUGUAUGUGAUCAUUUUUGUACCUCCAUGUGCAGCACUUUUUUAGGAAUAAAGUUGAGUUGAGUAGUAA